AUUGCUGAAGAUUUCGAAAAUAUUUAAAUGUUUGCCAAUAAUAAAAGGUGCAGUUAUAUGGAUUUCAACAUUCUAGUAAAAACAAAUUCAACAAACGAAAGUUUGCUUUAAGGGUAAACCUGUUAAAAUUAAGAAUCAACAUUGUCUAUGAAAAUAUUUUUGCUAAUGGGAGAACUUAAGAGAUUGCAAUGAUUUUACUCAUAAAUGAAAACUGUCUAGAAAUUGAUUGCCAAGCUAACGAACAAAUCGAUGAAGCAUGCCGCUGCAAAUUUUUCCCACUGCCACAACAAACGGACUUCACAUUAUAGAUACGAAUACUUAAUCCAAACCGAGCUGACAUUUUGUCAGAAAAAGUUUGUGCGAAUUUGUAAUCGAGAAAUGCUUAAUAAUUUCCACUUUUUUCUGACUGCCUACAAAAUUCGAAAAACAUGCUAUUUAAAGUGUAGUAUCAAUGCAAUUUUAUAAACUGCAUUUUAAUCUAAUAUGUAAAUUAUUUUUUUAAUUUUCUUUCAGUGUGUAUGUGCAAUUUUAGCUAAUAAGUUUUAAUUGGUGUAAAUUAAAAAAAUAAAAAUAUAUGUAAAAUUUUAUAAAAAAAGUAGCACUUUCGUGAAACAAAGAAGAAAUAAGUGCAUAAAUGUCUGUUUAAAAUCAAACCCAUCCAAAUAAAGCAUUUAAACGCGUAUCGUCGACGAAAAUCGUACGCGCGUCAGUUUUGCGUCGGUUAGCGUAAUUUCGUUGAAUUCGCGUGCGUACCCUAACAUCGUGCAUUUUCGAUUUAAAUUCACUUACUUUUUUGAUUUGUACGCGUGUGCUUCCGCAAAUCGUCCUCUCACUAAUUCGGGAAUUGUGCUUGAAAAAUUCGCAAAAAUUGCGUAGCGGGUCUCGGGCGCGUGCGCAUAAUAUCACCUCGCGGACGUACCGCACGUGGCCGCAAUGCAUCCGCCUACGGGCAAGCGAUGCCGGCAAAUCAGCAACAGCAACACUAACAACAAUAAUAAUAACAUCGCUACAACCAGAGUAACAACAAGCACAAUGAUGAAACGUAGAAUUAACGCAACAGGCAUGGCGAUAAGCGCGAAAAACAACAACAGCAAGAACAACAAUACCACAUUAGCUGCAACAACACCAACGACGACGUUACCAACAAGGAAAACGUUUGGCAAACGUUGUCGUCAGCUAAGUGUGUUGGUGUGUUUUGUCGCCAUUAUCGCCUUAAAUAAUUUCGGUUGUCUGCUGACAUCGACAACGGCUGCCAUGCAACGUGAGAAUAUGCGCGUGCUGCCACUGCCCGAAGCCGGCCUCACAGAUGGCGGACGUAUCGGCUUCAGCGGCCACGACAGCAACAGCGGUUCCCUUGCAGCCUUCAAUGUGCCAUGUCCCACAGGAUAUUUUCGCUGCAACGACGGAAAAUGCAUAACAUCGCUGUGGGUGUGCAACUAUCAGAAAGAUUGCGAUGGUGGCGAAGAUGAACAACAGUCGUGUCCGCCACCUGAAUGUGAGGCGGGACAAAUCAGUUGCGGUCAAUAUGUCUUCAAUAAGACCUACUGCAUACCGCCGCAUUUUCGUUGUGAUAUGACGGACGAUUGCGAGGACAAGUCGGACGAAGCGCAGUGCACUUAUAGAAAAUGUCAGUCGAGCGAUGUAUUCUGCAAUGCGCCUGGUGGUUUGGCACCCUCGGACGGCAGUCGCUUGUCCGGUCCGUGCGUGCCGAAGGAGAAACGUUGCGAUGGUUAUCUGGACUGUCGCAAUGGACGCGACGAGGAGGGCUGCACCGGCAUCUCAUGUCGUUUGGAUCAGUUUCGUUGUGCCAAUGGGCAGAAGUGUAUCGACGCUUCGCUCAAGUGUAAUCACAAAGACGAUUGCGGUGACAAAUCUGAUGAACAGGGCUGCAAUUUUCCACCCUGCCAUCAUGGCCAAUUUCGUUGCACGAAUGCCUUGUGCAUUCCAUCCAACUUCUAUUGUGAUGGAUAUCACGAUUGUGCGGAUGAAAGUGAUGAGGCCAAUUGCACGGCAAUCGCAUGUCCUGAUAACAAGUUCCUUUGUCCGCGCGGCGGCCCGAAUGGCACACCCAAGUGCAUACUGAAAUCUCAACUUUGCGACGGUAAACGUGAUUGUGAGGAUGGCAGCGACGAGGAGACCGCCUGUUCUACCGGCUCUUGUCCUGCGCUCAGCUGUGAAUAUCGCUGUGGCCCAUCGCUUACUGGUGGCGCUUGCUAUUGCCCGAGUGGGCAGGCCAUUGCUGCUGACAACCGCACCUGCAUGGAUCUGGAUGAGUGCGCCGAAUGGGGUCACUGCGAUCAGCUGUGCACCAACACCGAUGGUUCGUAUACUUGCCAGUGCGCGCAGGGCUACAGUCUAAUCAACAAUUCGAAAUGUAUUGCGCCUGAUGCCAACAACCUGCAGCUAAUAUUUGCGCAUGAUCGCGCUGUUGUGCGCAUGUCUGCACAUGGCAGCGAUCCACGUGUGCUGGCUAAUGCCACUGCUGCUUCAGGUGUGGCUUACCACUAUCAACGUAACACACUGUAUUGGUCCGAUAUUAAGACUCGCAAGGUGCAAUCUAUACCAUUGGAUGUAUUUAACGGUGCUAUCUCGCCCUUGGAUCUUACGCUGCCCGGUACUUGGGCACCCGUCGCGCUGGCCGUCGAUUGGGUGGGCGACAAGAUCUAUGUGGCAGACUUGAUUGGACAGAAAAUUGACGUUUUCGAAUUGAGCGGCCAUUGGCAUGCGGUAGUGUUGGGCUCAAACCUCACCAGUCCCGCUGAUUUGGCGCUAGAUCCCACAUCGGGUCUGAUGUUUGUCGCCGACGGUGGUCAGGUGCUGCGCGCGCAUAUGGAUGGUACGCAUGCGCGUUCAAUUGUCUCCGAAGCGGCGUAUAAAGCAUCUGGCGUCACGGUAGAUAUCAUCGCGAAACGCGUUUACUGGUGCGACUCGUUGCUGGACUAUAUUGAGACUGUCAACUAUGAGGGUAAUCACCGCAUAAUGGUGUUGCGUGGCCAACAAGUGCCAAGCCCGUCACGACUGGCUCUGUUUGAAAAUCGUAUCUUCUGGACAGACGCCACAAAGCAAGGUAUCAUGUCGGUGGACAAGUACGCCGGUCCUACUUCGAUACAAGUAACCUACAAGGCGAAGGAUAUACGCGAACCGAAAGGCAUUGUCGCUGUACAUGCGCUGAGUCAACCGCGCGUUUCAAAUCCAUGCGGCAACAAUAAUGGUGGAUGCAACCACAUGUGCAUCGUGACGGCCGUCAAGGGUGCGCCCACUGGCUUGGGUUACCGUUGUGCCUGUCAUACAGGCUAUCAGCUGCAGACAGAUUUGAAGAACUGUAAAAUUGUGCGUGAGUUUCUUAUGUACUCACAGCAACGCUUUAUAAAAGGAAAAGUACUUGAACCAGUUAUUGAGGGCUUCAGCGAUGCCAUACUGCCUGUGGUCUCGAGACGUGCGCGCUUUGUUGGUCUUGAUUUUGAUUCGCGCGAUGAGUUUAUCUACUACUCGGAUGUGCUGCAGGAUGUGAUCUAUCGCGUGCACCGCAAUGGCACGGGACGCGAGAUUGUGCUUGCCUCACAGAACGAAGGUGUCGAAGGGCUGGCUGUUGACUGGGCGGCGAAGAAUUUGUACUACAUUGAUUCACGUAAAGGCACGUUGAAUGUGCUAUCCACGCGAAAUGUCACUUAUCGGCGUACACUCUUGAAGGAUCUUAAGCGUCCGCGCGCCAUUGUUGUGCAUCCCAAUCGCGGCUAUAUCUUCUUCUCAGAGUGGGACCGUCCUGCGAACAUAACGCGCGCGAACACAGAUGGCACAAACUUGCUUGUCUUCAAGAACGUAACACUCGGCUGGCCCAAUGGUCUGUCAAUCGAUUUCAAGGAAGAUCGCGUUUACUGGUGUGAUGCGCUAUUAGAUCACGUGCAGCACUCUAAUCUCGAUGGUACUGACAUCAAAACGGUCAACUCGCGUUUGGUACGUCAUCCAUUUUCUAUUGUGAUACACAACGAAUGGAUGUAUAUCACUGACUGGCGGUUGGAUGCCAUUAUACGUCUGCACAAGCUCACCGGCGAACAAGAGGAAAUGAUGGUACGUGAACCGCAAACGAACCGGCUUUAUGGCGUAAAAGUAUACAGUCACGAGGUGCAAACCAUCGCCGACAUUCACCCCUGUCAUUUAAACAAUGGCGGUUGUGAGAAGAUUUGUUUCGCUAUACCUAGAAAUGAUUCAGUAGAGCCAACACUGCAAACACGCUGCUCUUGCCCCUAUGGCGAGCGGCUAGCUGAGGACCAACGUUCAUGUAUGGCUGAUCCCAAUGCUGAGCCACCAGUGCAGCCAUGUCCGAACUCGUGGGACUUCACCUGCAAUAACCAGCGGUGCAUACCAAAAUCGUGGGUAUGCGAUGGCGAUGACGACUGCCUGGACAACAGUGAUGAGGAGCAGAAUUGCACAAAACCAACUUGCGGCUCCAACGAAUUUCAAUGCAAGUCCGGCCGUUGUAUACCACUCAACUUCCGCUGCGAUCAGGAGAAUGACUGCGGUGACAACUCAGACGAAUUCGAGUGCGGCAAUGUCACUUGCGGCACUGCUCAAUUUGCCUGCGACAAUGGCCGCUGCAUACCGAAUAUGUGGAAGUGUGACAGCGAAAACGAUUGCGGCGAUGGCUCUGAUGAGGGCGAUUUCUGUGCAGAGAAGACAUGCGCCUACUUCCAGUUUACCUGCCCGCGCACUGGCCACUGCAUACCACAGAGCUGGGUUUGCGAUGGCGAUGACGAUUGCUUCGACAAACAGGAUGAGAAAGACUGUCCGCCGAUUACAUGUUUGGCGAACCAAUUCAAGUGCGCCGAUCUGCGGCAAUGUGUCGAGGAGUCCUAUAAAUGUGAUGGUAUACCAGACUGUAAUGAUGGCAGUGACGAACUGGACUGUCCAUCCAUGGGACCGAAUCAAUGCAAUUUGGAAAAGCACUUCCGCUGUAAGUCUUCUGGUUUCUGCAUACCCAUUGCUUGGCAUUGCGAUGGCUCCAACGACUGUUCCGAUCAGUCUGACGAAGAGGAUUGUGGCCAGAUCACCUGCGCGCAGAACUUCUUUAAAUGUAACAACUCCAACUGUGUUUUCAAGGCAUACAUUUGCGAUGGCAAAGAUGAUUGCGGUGAUGGUUCUGAUGAAAGUUCGCUGCAUGCGUGCGUGCCACCAGCAUUUAAGUGCCCUUACGGUCAAUGGAAGUGUCCGGGUGUUAGUGAACGCUGUGUGAAUAUGACUUCGGUAUGUGAUGGUACGCCGGAUUGUCCGAAUGGCGCCGAUGAGGGCGAAGGCUGCGAUUUAGCAGAGUGUACACACCAGGGUGGACUUUGUUCGAACGGCUGUCAAAAGACCCCCUUGGGCGCCACCUGCGUUUGCCCACCAGGAUCGGACAUUGGCGAAGAUGGCUACACGUGCAUCGACAUGAACGAAUGCGAUCCACCUGGACUCUGUUCGCAGCAAUGUACCAACACAAAGGGUUCCUACUUCUGCUCAUGCACGGAUGGCUAUCUACUAGAACCGAACAAGCACUUCUGCAAGGCAGUUAAUCACUCUGCAGCUUUCCUAAUUAUUUCCAACCGCCAUUCCAUACUCGUUGCUGAUUUAAAAGAACAAGGCUUGGAACGCGUCCCAAUAAUUGUAGAAAAUGUGGUGGCGACAGCUUCAAAUAUGCACACAGGUACGAUUUUCUGGAGCGACAUGAAACUGAAGAAGAUUUCACGUUUGGAUCGUGGUCAGGAACCACAAGAAAUAAUAAAUACCGGUUUGGAUUUGGUUGAAGGUCUGGCCUACGAUUGGGUUGCAAAGAACCUCUAUUGGUUGGACAGCAAAUUGAAUACGAUUGAAGUAUCCGCUGAGAAUGGCUCAAAUCGCCUUGUGCUGGUGCGUGAGAAUAUCACACAACCACGUGGCAUGUGCCUCGACCCUAGCCCCGACGCUCGCUUCAUCUUCUGGACCGAUUGGGGUGAGAAUCCACGCAUCGAACGCAUCGGCAUGGAUGGUACAAUGCGCGAAACGAUCAUCAACACGAAAAUUUACUGGCCCAACGGUCUCACAUUGGACAUUGCUACAAAGCGUGUCUACUUCGCUGACUCCAAACUGGACUUCAUUGAUUUCUGCUAUUACAACGGCACUGGACGCCAACAAGUUUUAUCCAACAGUCACUACCUACUGCACCCGCAUUCGCUUUCACUCUUCGAGGACACACUUUACUGGACAGAUCGUCAGCUGAACCGUGUGCUGUCGGCUAACAAAUUCCGUGGAAAGAAUCAGACAGUGGUUUCGCAUCUGAUCAGUCAGCCGCUCUCCAUACACGUACACCAUCCCUCAUUGCAACCAUCGUACCCAAAUCCGUGCGAGAAAUCAAACUGUCAUCAUCUUUGUUUGCUGAGUCCCAGUGCCAAAGAGAACUAUUCAUGCAAAUGUAGACCGGGUUACCGUCUUAUGAGCGAAGGUCGUUGUGUGGAAGAGGAGAACCCCUUCUUGGUUGUGGUGAAGGGCACGCAGAUUGUCGAUAUACCAUUGAACGGUGGGGACGCACGCGCUGGUUCGCUUGCGCCAGUUAUUGGUAUUGAGAGUAGCACUGGUUUGGACUUUGAUCGCAAAGGUGAAACCCUUUACUGGGUACAAGGACGUGAGGAUGAUGAUGAGAACUGUACGAUAUACUCAACGCCAUACGGCGGAGGUAACAAAACGCUUUUCCUCGGCGCUGACACGGGCGUUGUUGGAUCUCCGUACACCAUCGCCUUUGACUGGUUGGGCCGUAAUCUCUACAUGGGCAACCGCAUUGCCAGCAAUAUUGAAGCGGUUCGUGUGGAUGGUAAAAUCAAGUAUCGUACCAUCAUACUCGCAAACGAUGGUAAUCAAACGUCAGUUUCGAAGCCAAAGCAAAUCGUACUGGAUCCCAACGACGGCAAACUAUUUUGGAUCGAUGAAGGUGGUUUUGGUGUGCCUGUGAAGAUUGGACGCGUGAAUAUGAAUGGCAACAAGCCGAUGGUACUGAAAUCGGAAAUCGAUCAUCCCGUGAGUAUUGCAUUGGACAUCGAGAAGAAAUUGGUGUACUAUAGCACGCAAUAUCCGGCAAGCAUUUGUGUUAUGGACUACCAUGGCGAGGAUCACCGUAUGCUGCUCUCGGAAGAGAACGCCAUUUCGCGACCCAGAAGCUUGGGCAUCCUAGAUUCCAGAUUAUACUACCUUGAUCCAGUCUAUGAGAAGAUUGUACGCAUCGAUUUGCCACGCGGCGAUAAUCCAAAGGUUAUAAUCGACAAUGAACCCGAUCUUAAGAGUAUGAUAAUCUUCAAGAAGCGCCCUAUGAUGCAGCAUCCAUGUCAAAUGAACAACGGCGGUUGCGAGCAUCUCUGCAUACCCGAUGAUGUUUCCUCACGCACCUGCGCCUGUGGUGUCGGCUACCGCAAGGAGAACGAUAUCAACUGUGUGGCCUAUAAGACAUUCGCUGUUGUUUCACAGUUGGACGUGACGCGCGGCUACAGCUUAACUGACAGCUCUGAAGCAAUGGUGCCAAUUAGUGGUCCCGGCCAUCAUAUUUUGCACGUUGAUGUGCUGUUCCGCGAACAGUGGAUUUAUUGGGCUGAAUAUAACCGUGGCACCUGGAACGGCAUUUUCCGCCGACGCCCGAAUGGCACGGAACUGCAGCACAUCGUUAAGGACGGUAUCGGCAGCAAUGGCAUACGUGGCCUCACUAUCGAUUGGGUCGCAGGCAAUAUGUACUUCACGAAUAUCUACCCACACGAAAACUAUGUAGAAGUCUGUUGGUUAGAUGGCAGCAACCGCAAGGUAUUGGUUAAGACCACAACGGAUGCACCACGCGAACUGGCUGUUAAUCCGAUCAAACGUCUGCUGUACUGGAUCGAUUAUGGACAGCACCCGCGCAUAGGCAAGGCAUACUUGGACGGUUCAAAUUGGAUACCGAUGGUAACAUCUGGCAUCUCUAAUCCACGCGAUUUAACAGUAGACAUGCUGACACACGAUGUCUACUGGGUCGACUCAAAACUGGACACCAUUCAAAAGAUUUCGUAUUCUGGUGGUAAUCGCAAGAUCAUCCGCCGCAAUUUACCCAAUCCAAUGGGUAUAGCCAUAUUUCUAAGCGACGUCUACUGGGUAGAUCGAAAUUUGAUGACCGUUUUUAAGGCCUCCAAGUUGUCGGGCAACGAAUCGACGCCCGUACGCGUGCGCACCAAUCUACAAAAACUACGCGACAUUGCCAUCUACAAUAUCAAUAAUCAGCCGCAGGAUGACGGUAAUCCUUGUGCGCGCCUAGGCAAUGGCGGCUGCGAUCAGCUCUGCUUCAGUUUCCCACCUGAACAAACAAAUCCUGCACGUCUCAAUUAUCUCUGCGACUGCGCUACCGGAAAGCUGGCUGCGGAUGAGCGCAAGUGCGAGGUAGUCAAUGAGUACCUUGUAUUCGCUACGCGCACUGAAAUACGCGCGGUCAACUUGGACCCACAUUCCACGCAAGUACCAUUCACACCAAUGAAUAAUCUGACCAACGUUGUCGGCCUUGACUUUGACUUUGCGGACAAUCACAUGCUGUUCACACAAAUCCGUCCAUGGGCAAAAAUUGCCUACACUAAGGCUGACAACCCGAAUAGCAACGAUGUCAAUGUGGUGUUGAGUAGAGGCAUUAAUCCUGAGGGUAUCGCUUAUGACUGGACGCAGAAGAAGAUUUACUGGACCGAUAGCUCGAAUAACUCUAUUUAUGCUAUGAACUUAGACGGCACUGAUUUGGUAAUGAUUGCCCGUGUGGAAAGACCUCGUGCCAUUGUGCUCGAUCCCUGCAACGGCACACUUUAUUUCACCGACUGGGGUCGUUUCGGCACAUCCGGUAAGAUUUUCCGCACCACAAUGGCAGGUUCAUUGAAGCGUGCUAUUGUUGACAAAGAACUCUCACAACCCAGCGGCCUAGCGGUCGAUUAUGAUGAGCGCAAACUAUAUUGGACAGAUGCCGUGCGUGAAAAGAUCGAACGUUCUGACUUGGAUGGCAAGAAUCGUGAGCUGCUGGUAGAUGCCACAAUAUAUCCCUUCGCUAUAACAGUUUUCCGCAACUACAUCUACUGGACCGAUUUGCAGCUACGUGGCGUAUAUCGCGCCGAAAAGCACACUGGCGCCAAUGUCGUGGAGAUGGUAAAGCGUUUGGAGGACUCACCACGUGACAUACGCGUCUACAGCGCUGACCGGCAAAAAUGUACUGUAAAUCCAUGUCUGAUCAAGAACGGUGGGUGCGCGCAAAGCUGUCAUCCGGCGCCGAACGGCAAGGCGGAAUGCAAGUGCGAUGACAACUCGAAGGUGGUCAAUGAGGGACGCAUGUGCGCGCCACGCAACAAUACAUGCGAGGCAAGCAAAUUCUAUUGCCAGAACGGCAAGUGUAUUUCACGUAUGUGGUCAUGCGAUGGCGACGACGACUGCGGCGAUAACUCAGACGAAGAUCCAAACUACUGCGCUUUCCAUUCAUGCUCGCCCACAGAGUUCCGUUGCAACAAUGGACGUUGCAUAUUCAAGUCAUGGAAAUGUGAUCAUGAAAAUGACUGCAAAGACGGCUCUGAUGAGAUCGAUUGCACUUAUCCACCGUGCGUGGAUGGCGAAUUCACAUGUGGCAAUGGACGUUGCAUACCCAUGGCACAAGUAUGCAAUGGCGUCAAUGACUGCAAAGAUAAUACAACUUCGGAUGAAACGCACGAGCGCUGUCCGCAGAACACGACAUGUCCACCGAACCAUCUCAAAUGUGAAAAGACCAACAUCUGCGUGGAACCCUACUGGCUGUGCGAUGGUGACAACGACUGCGGCGAUAACUCUGAUGAGGACCCACUACAUUGCGGACAACGCACAUGCCCAACGAACAGUUUCCGUUGCCCGAACCACCGCUGUAUACCGGCGACUUGGUAUUGCGAUGGUGACGAUGAUUGCGGCGAUGGUGCUGAUGAACCGCCAGAGUACUGCAAGUCAGAAGGACGCACCUGCUUCGGUGAUCUAUUCACAUGCGAUAAUGGCAACUGUAUACCUAGAAUUUAUAUUUGCGACGGUGAUAAUGAUUGUCUGGACAACAGUGAUGAGGAUAGCAGGCAUCAGUGCAACGACCGCAAAUGUGAUGAGGAGACGGAAUUCACUUGCUUGGAAAAUAAGGCUUGGGGUCGUGCACAAUGCAUACCGAAGAAAUGGAUAUGUGACGGGGAUCCGGACUGUGUGGAUGGCGCUGACGAAAACACAACAUUGCAUAACUGCGCCACUCAACAACCCUGCGGCGAAGACAUGUUCACUUGCGACAAUGGCCGGUGCAUCAAUAAGGGCUGGACUUGCGAUCAUGACAACGAUUGCGGUGACGGCUCUGAUGAGGGUAAGUUCUGCAGCUCUAAAUACAAAAGUUGCUCGGAUCAGGAGUUCACCUGUCAGAACUUCAAGUGCAUACGCAAUCAAUACCGUUGCGAUGGCGAGGAUGAUUGUGGUGAUCACUCCGAUGAAGUGGGCUGUAAGAAGGAUAACACAACAUGUCCGAAUGGUCAAUUUACCUGCACGAAUGGCCAAUGUAUUGACUAUCAUUUGGUGUGCAACAAAGUCCCCGACUGUGCCGAUGAGUCAGACGAGCCAGCGCAUUGUAAUGUAGACGAAUGUGCAAAGGUUGAGAUACAUCAGUGCGGACAUAAGUGCGUAGAUACGUUGACGAGCUACUACUGCGACUGCAAUCAAGGCUACAAACUCAUGCCCGACGGCAAGGCCUGCGCUGAUAUCGACGAGUGUCUUGAGCUCCCAGGCGCCUGCUCGCAACAUUGUUCCAAUACACCAGGCGGCUACUAUUGCAAGUGCGACGAACGCUAUUAUGAACGCCAAACGGACGAACACACUUGCAAGCGAAAGGACAACAUCAAACCUUGGCUGGUGUUCACGAACAAAUACUACGUGCGCAACAUGUCACUGGAUGGCAGCCAAUACAAUCUAAUGCACCAAGAUCUAAUGAAUGUAGUGGCGCUGGACUUUGACAUUCAAGAGCAGUAUAUGUACUUCUGUGAUGUCACCGCCAAAACUAUCUUCCGCGCCAAAUACGCCAACGACGAUGAGAAACCCGAACGUGAAGCCAUCAUACGCCACGACUCACAUGGCUUGGAAGGCAUCGCAGUCGAUUGGGUGGGCCGCAAACUCUAUUGGCUCGAUAGACACUCGAAGAAUUUGGAUGUUUCGGAGCUGGAUGGCACAAAACGCAAGACACUUCGCAGUGGCGUCAUCGAUCCACGUGCGCUGGUCGUUCAUCCAGGCAUUGGUUACUUGUAUUUCACGUCGUGGCAUCUGCAAGCCUACAUCGCCAAAAUGGGCAUGGAUGGCUCGAACUUUACGCGCAUUCUGACCUGGGACGAUGAUAUUGCCUGGCCAAAUGCUCUUACCAUUGACUACUUUACGGAUCGCAUUUAUUGGGCGGAUGCCCAUUUGGAUUAUAUAGCCUAUACCGAUUUGGAAGGUCGUCACCGCCAUAUAGUACUCUCUGGCGUUAAGGUGCCACACAUUUUUGCGCUAUCACUCUUCGACGACUAUCUCUACUGGACCGAUUGGAAUUUGAAGGGCAUAAUGCGCGCCAACAAAUUCACUGGUCAAAAUUAUACUGUACUCCGCAAUACUACCCACCGUCCAUACGACAUACAUAUCAACCAUCCGCUUAGACAACUACCCUACACGAACCCCUGUGGCAAAGAUAAUGGCGGGUGCUCACAUUUAUGCCUGAUCGCGCCACCGCCCGAAUCUACCUAUUUCAAUAUAGAAGGCUACAUCGAGGAAGGCGCGCCGAGCUACAAGUGCGCUUGUCCCAACCAAUUCUAUCUGGCGCGCGAUAGUAAGACCUGCAUAGCCAACUGCACCGCCGGCCAGCACCGUUGUGGUGGCAACGACGAAAAAUGCAUACCCUGGUUCUGGAAGUGUGAUGGUGAAAAGGAUUGCAAGGAUGGUUCCGAUGAGCCUUCAACUUGCCCGACGCGUCACUGCCGCGCUGGCACAUUCCAGUGCAAGAACACAAACUGCACACCUUCCGCGACCAUUUGUGAUGGCACCGAUGAUUGCGGCGAUGGCAGCGAUGAACAAAAUUGCGAUCUUCCCUGCCCCGAAUCCGACUUCAAAUGCAAAUCCAGCGGACGCUGUAUACUCGAUAGUUGGCGUUGUGAUGGCGAUGCCGACUGUAAGGAUGGCAGUGAUGAAGAUCCGGCUGUGUGUCAUAAGCGCGCCUGCGAUCCGGAAACGGAAUUCAGCUGCAAGAAUGGCCGCUGCAUACCGAAACUGUGGAUGUGCGACUUCGACAAUGAUUGCGGCGAUGAUUCCGACGAGCCAGCCUACAUGUGCCGCCAACGCAACUGCACCACUGGCUGGCAACGCUGCCCCGGUCAAUCGAACUACCGCUGCAUACCGAAGUGGCUCUUCUGUGAUGGCAAAGACGACUGUCGCGACAAUAGCGAUGAGUUGCCAGAGAAUUGCCCGAAAUGCUCAACGGAAACGGACUUCAAGUGCGCCAAUAAUCGCUGCAUACCAAAACAAUGGAUGUGCGACUUCUCGGACGAUUGCGGCGAUGGCAGCGAUGAGAGUGACGCCAUUUGCAAGGGUAAAUAUCGUGAGUGCUCAGAGUCGGAAUUCCACUGCGCUAAUGGCAAAUGCAUUUCGUCGCGUUGGCAGUGCGAUCAUGAGGACGAUUGUGGCGACAACUCUGAUGAGAUGAACUGUGAGGGCUAUCAGUGCAAGAACGGCACCUUCCAGUGCAUGUCUGGUCACUGCAUCGCUUCGUACUUCCGUUGCGAUGGUGAUCGCGAUUGUCGUGAUAUGUCUGAUGAAAUUGAUUGUCCACCACGCUUCCCUGGCGGUCGCUACUGCCCUGAGUCGCGCUUCCAGUGCAACAAUAACCUCUGCGUUUCGCCUUCUGAUCUGUGCGAUGGUACCGACGACUGUGGUGAUGGUUCGGAUGAGGAUGUUAAAGUGUGCACGGACUUUAAUUGUGAUACGUUGCGCCGCUUCCAAUGUGCCAAUCACCGCUGCGUGGCGCGCUAUCAGAUAUGUGAUGGUGUGGACAAUUGUGGUGAUGGUUCCGAUGAGAAUAAUAUGACGCUGUGUGCCAAUAAACAGAAACCAUGUGAUCUUUACACGCAAUAUCAAUGCGCUAAUAAGAAUUGUGUUGAGCGCGCCCAGGUUUGUGAUUACUCCGAUGAUUGCGGCGAUGCUUCGGAUGAGUUAGGUUGUCACCACACCAACACCUGCUCGGAACUGACACGCGGCGGUUGUGAGCAUCAUUGUCACAAUCUGACCGAUGGCGGCUACAUCUGCGCCUGUUAUCCGGGCUAUAUUAUCUCGGCGGAGAACAAGAAGCGCUGCUUGGACGUAAACGAAUGUAUAACGCGCCAACAUACCUGUUCGCAUAUGUGUCAAAACCUCAAUGGCACAUAUUCGUGCUCGUGUCGUGAAGGUUUCCGUUUGGUGGAUAGUCAAUCUGGCGUAUGCAGAGCUGAGAAGGAGGACAUUGUGCUAGUAUUCGCGAACGGACCAGAAAUACGUGGCUUGGAUUUGCAGAAGCGGGAGGAAUUCGAUGUGAUUGCAGCCGAGAAACGCAUCGAAGCUUUGGACUAUGAUGCGCAGCAACAAAUCGUUUUCUGGGCGGACAGCUAUGACAAGACAAUCAAGCGCUCGUACAUGGUGAAUGCCUUGGAUGGACAGGCGAAGAUUGGUUUUGCGCAAGACUUGAAUAUGAAAGGAGGUUCUAAACCGACAGCGGUUGCCAUAGAUUGGCUGGCAUCGAAUCUCUACUGGACUGAAGUGGAUCGCACUGGCUCAAAACCACGUGGUCGCGUUAUGGUUGCCAAAACGGAUGGACGCUACAGACGUUCGAUAGUAAAUGCCGGUCUCGAGGUACCCACAUCCAUUGUAGUGAAUCCACAACUGGGUCGGGCCUACUGGGCUGAUGCCGGUUCAGCGCCGAAGAUUGAAGUUUCUUGGAUGGACGGCUCGAAACGUCGCCCGCUCAUCACGGAGCAAAUACGUCACCCUACUGGCCUUACAAUUGACUAUUCGCAAGAUCAUAUCAUUUAUUGGGUGGAUACAAAAUUGAACACCAUCGAAUCGAUGCGUAACGAUGGCUCGCGCCGCAAGGUGAUAGUAAAGGGCGAUCAGCUGCGUCAUCCCAUCUCUUUGGAUAUCUUCGAAUCCACCAUGUACUGGGUAACGCGAGACUCCGGCGAAGUGAUACGUCAAGAUAAGUUCGGGCGUGGCGUGCAGGUAAUCAUUCAUCGUAACCUCGUCAAUCCGUCCGGUCUGAAGGUCUAUCAUGAGCAACGUUACAAUACUUCGCUACGCAAUCCAUGCUAUGAGUCCAGUUGCUCGCAUUUGUGUCUGCUGGUACCUGGCGGUCAUCGUUGCGCUUGUCCAGAUAAUUCCGGACCACUGCCAUCGCAUCGCAGCACUGCCGAAGUGAUUUGUGACGCUGCAGCGGAGCGACCACGUCCUGCGCCACGUAUUUGCCCAUGCCAGAAUGGCGGUCUAUGCAGCGAAGAUGAACGUGGCGAUUUAUACUGUGAAUGCCAGCCUGACUUCAAGGGCGAGCAUUGUGAUCGCAGUGUAGCCGGCGCAUUCGGUCACGGCGGUGCCAAUGUAACAGCAGUUGUGGUACCGAUAAUGGUGAUACUGCUGGUGUUGCUGACAGCGGGUGGCGCGUGGUAUGUCAUACGGAAGAAGCCAUUCGGUAAAUUGGCGCGUCUACCGACAUUAACAUCAUCACAAAGUGUUACGUUCCGCCAUGGCACAAACGUUGAGUUCAACGCACCUGGUUUUCCGGGUGGCGCUGCGGCGGAUCCAUCCAAUGAUGUACCUCCCAUUGAGGGCUAUAAUCUGCAGACCGUGAAUACGGCUAAAACGCGUGAUUUCUCGAAUCCAAUGUACGAUGCCGUACAGUCGGGCACCAACAAUGAUCCAAGCCUGAGCAAUGGAACAGGUAUUUACGAAGUGCCACAUGAUCCCUCCAAAUCGAAACCGAUUGGUCCGUUUACCGAACCCGUCUCGGCCAUAUUAGCGCCCAGCAGCAUAACACACAAAUCAUCACCGCAAUUGCAAUUGCGUACCAGAGAACUGGAUCCAUCAGCGGAUACCGGCAAGGAUACGCAGUAUCUUGUUGAAGAGGAUAAGUCUGAAUGCUGAUAUAAAAUUACAUAGAACGAAAUUCAUCACAAUUACCAGCAACAAAUGCAACAACAACACCACCACAAAUAUAAAAUCAACAACAACAACUACAACAAAUCAAAUGUAACGAGUACAUAUUCCAACUAUUGUAUACAAACGAAAAC